AUGAAUCCCCUCUGUAACCUCUGCGGGGCUCGGCGAGCGCUGAUUUAUUGCAAAUCGGACCAAGCCCGCCUUUGCCUUUCCUGCGACGCCAGCAUUCACUCCGCCAACACCAUCUCCAGCGGACACAUCCGUGCUCAGCUCUGCGACUGCUGCAACUCCCAUCAAGCCAAUUUCCUCUGCCACGAUGAUCACCUAGCUCUCUGUAGUCUCUGUGGUCUCGCUGUCGACCCACGCCGUUGCAUCCCUGUCCGCUUCUACUCCGAUUGCCCUUCCUCGGCCGAGCUAUCCGCCAUCUUUCUUGCUGCUUCCGACCCUACAGUAGCCAACUACGCCUUAUGGAAGGUGCCCUUCGUAUCCAAGGCGGUGCUUAGCGGGUUGGCAAACCCAAUGGAAAUUGAACCCACCUGGAUCCCCUCGACUACUUCGUGCAUUGCUCCUGAUUUGAUAUCAGUUUUUCCUAGCGGCGAAGGCCAAGCCCUAUUCUUACCACAGGAUUCCAACGUGCAAAACCUACCUGAUGGUCUGGAGAUUGGUGAAGGAGAAUUUAAUGUAGACCACAAUGAAAUGUUUGGAGGGCAGCGACUAAAUGCCAAUUUACCCGUUCAUGAUUUAGUUUCAAGUGAAAUGUUUAUGGAGAAUAACUUACCAGUUGCAGAUUCCAAUUGCCACUUGGAAAAUGUUGUCCAGGCAUCAUCAAUGCCCCACGAUGGUUUGCAUGCUCUUCCAUCUUGUAUGGUUGCAGUUUCUAAUUUUGUGCAGGCAGCAAAUGGAGAUGCAAAUCAGUUACUACUUGACCAGAGUGGCAAUGUGAACAUUAAUUUGAGUUUUCAUCCUCCAAAUGCCAGCCCAAAUAUGCCUUUUUUGCUAUUAAACCCAAUUACCGGUGAUAGCAGUGCAGCCCCUUACCAGGACCAUGGCGUAUCACCCAUAAUCCUUCCUGAAAAAUUAACAUGGAAUUCAAAUAACGAAAUUAGAUUUUCACGGACAAGGAAUGAGGCAAAGAUCAGAUAUAAUGACAAAAAGAAAAGUCGUCUGUACGAGAAGCGUAUCAGGUAUGCUUCUCGUAAAGCAAGUGCAGAUACCAGGAAGCGUUUGAAAGGAAGAUUUGUAAAGGCCGGUGACGCUUAUGACUAUGAUCCUCUUCUAAUGAAAAUGUAG